GGCAUCAAGAGUUGUUCAGUCCUCUUAUUUGGUUAGCAAACAACAUGGGUUGUUUCAGGGGUAUUCUCAUGAUCUAUUUGAUCUUCUUAUCAUGCAGAUUUGAAGCCUCUGAAGCUGAACUCUCUAAAGCCAUACUCAAGAUGAUGAAGAAGGUGAACAAGAAUGGACCAUAUAUUGGAGUGCUGGUCCCAAGCAUCCUUCUGUUGCAACCUGUUAUUCAAUCAUCAAGCUAUGAACCUGAGGAUAAACCUUGUGAACACAUUGAUUUAUGCAGAUGAAUGCAGCAAUUACUACCCAAAUAAUGUGCACCUUGUUUUCAAUAAAAGGCAUUGAUCACUUUGGACUUGCUGGUAAUACAGACAAGGAUCAAAACCUGGGAGACAUAGUAAUUCCUCAGUCUUGGGCACACACAGGACUAUGGAAUUGGAAGAGAUACGGAGAUAGGCCAGAGGACAAACUCUCUUUGGAGGAUGAUGGAGAAUUUACUAGGGAAUAUGGGUACUUGAAUUUCGGAGAUUAUACGAACAAAACCAAGGAUGAUGAUUCUGCAGAUAACUUUCUGAAUAACAUUUGGUAUCAAGCAGAAGAGAAUUUCAAUUGUGAGCAGGAUCAUGCAUCAAUGAGUACAAUUUUCUGGAUUCCUGUAGCUGAAGCUUUAUUUGAAUUCGCCAAAGAACUGGAGAAAAUGGACCUGGAGGAAUGCAUAGAUGAGUCAACAUGUUUAAGUGAAACUCCCCAAGUAGUGAGAGUUAGAAGAGGGAGCAGUGCCAAUGUUCAUCUUGACAAUGCUGCCUACAAGGACUUCCUGCAUUCAAAAUUCCAAGUUAGUAUCGUCGAUAUGGAAAGUGCAGCCAUGGCUUUGAUCAGUUAUCAGGAAAAGAUCCCUUUCAUAUCCUUCAGAGCUCUAUAUGAAUUUGCUGGUGAAAAAUCAAAACAAUCUAAUGAUCAGGAAAAAACCUUUGCUCCUAUUCAUGUCAAGAAUCUCAUUCAUAUUCUUUCACGUUUCGUCAAGUAUGUGCACAAGGAACUUCCUGAUGAUCCUACUAUUAGUUCUAUGUAAAGUUCAGUGUUGGUCCUCAUGAAGGACUGACUCUGAGACUAAUGCUGGUUAUAUGU